UCGGCUCGCUGUUAACUGGAGGAGGAAAAAGCACCAAGAAAAUUCGCAUAUGUUUCGCCUAGUGACGAAUGUUACGCGCACACGUAUAUGUAAAAACAAUCUAAUCAUGAGAACUUUUUGGCUUGGCUUGCUUCACACUGACUAUUUGGUUCUUCAGUAAACAACGCUAUUGGUGCCGUUAAUGUGGCUUAUAGGAUACAUAUUCAUACAGAAUAUGUAUACAGGAUAAAUUCUAAACACUUUUACUUAUUUUUGGCCAGUUAAAAAAAUGAGAGCAAUGAAGCGAAAAGCAGAAAAAGAAAAUAAAGUUUUGGAAGAGCUAGGUGAAGCCAAUGGCAUGAUAGUUGAGCAUGGAGAUAUUCAAGGAGAUGAAAAAAAUAUUGCUAUAUUAUUGUUUUUGUAUCUCAUGCAAGGAAUACCAUUGGGAUUAUGUAGCUCUAUACCAAUGAUUCUACAAAAUCACAAUGUAUCGUAUAAACAGCAGGCUGAAUUCAGUUUUGUUACAUGGCCAUUUUCAUUGAAAUUAUUGUGGGCACCAAUAGUUGAUUCAGUAUUUAUUAGCAAAUUUGGCAGAAGAAAAACAUGGUUAAUACCUAUCCAAUAUUUGAUGGGUAUAUUUAUGCUGUUCUUAUCCAAUUACAUUGAUUACUGGCUUGGUAAUGAAGAAGGAAGUCGUUUAAACAUUGGCUUAUUGACUGUGCUUUUCUUCAUUUUGAAUACACUUGCAGCUACUCAAGACAUUGUAGUAGAUGGUUGGGCUUUGACAAUGUUGAAAAGAUGUAAUGUAGGUUAUGCUUCGACAUGCAAUAGUGUUGGUCAAACAGCUGGUUUUUUUCUAGGUUAUGUAUUAUUUAUGGCUUUCGAAUCUCCAGAUUUUUGCAAUGCUUAUUUAAGAACAGUGCCUUCACAUAAAGGAAUGAUUACGUUAGCAGGAUUUUUAUACUUUUGGGGUAUUGUAUUUCUUAUUACAACUACACUUGUUGGAAUAUUCAAGCACGAAAAAGAAGAGCGCAUUCCCAAAGGUGAAGAAAUAAAUAUACGAAAAGCAUAUAAAAUACUCUGGACAACCAUGAAAUUACCGAAUAUUAAGCUUAUAAUGCUAAUUUUAUUGACAUUAAAGAUUGGAUUUUCAGCUAGUGAUGCAGUUACUAGUUUAAAAAUGGUAGAAGGAGGUAUACCUAAAGAAAAGUUUGCUCUUAUAGCAGUACCACUGAUACCAUUACAAAUAGUCUUGCCAUUGUUUAUAUCAAAAUAUACUGCUGGUCCUAAGCCAAUGGAUAUUUUUUUAAAAGCUUAUCCAUACAGACUCCUGUUUGGUUUAGUAGCAGCAUUUAUAGUUUGGAUAACUCCACAUUUUGUCCAUCAUGGAGAAGUACCUGCAUAUUACUUCGUUUUUUUGAUAGUAAUUUAUCUUCUCCAUCAGGUGUGUUCAAGUUGCAUGUAUGUUGCAUCAAUGGCAUUCUUUGCUAGGAUAAGUGAUCCUGCUGUUGGUGGCACUUAUAUGACUUUCUUAAAUACUUUAUGCAAUCUUGGAGGAAAUUGGCCUGCAACAGCAGCAUUGUACUUUGUAGAUGCACUCACAUUUCGACAAUGUAGUAAUGAUGCUACUAAUGAUUGCAGUACAGCCAGUGAAAAAGAAACUUGUACAAAAACUGAUGGCGUUUGCAACAUGUUACUGGAUGGAUAUUAUAUUGAAAGCUUUUUAUGUGUUAUUCUUGGCUUCUUGUGGUUUAGAUGGGGAAGAAGGAAAAUUGAAUACUUGCAAAACAGACCAGCAUCCACAUGGAAAGUGAUUCAAGAUAAACAUUGAGAGAAAUGAGAUAAUUAAAAACAAUUUCUAACCCGUUGUUGAAUUGAUCGAAGAACAUUUAAAUUUUAGUUAGAAAAAUUGUGUACAUAAAUCCGGAUGCUCUGCAUUUGAUAAGAAAAAGAUUUUAUGAUACACAUUUGUCUGAUGAAUGCACAAACAUUUUUCUAAAAAUACUGCAAUCAGCAAAGUGUGGCUUUUACAACGCUUGAAAACUUCCAGUAUAUCAUUAGUUUACUGUUGAAAAUUGUUUUUUAUUUUCGAAAAUUAUAAAUAUUCUAAUAGAAGAUACAGAGAAUAUGGGUAAUUAAGUAUUUAAGUUAGAAUACUUUUGACAAAUUUUUUGUAACAUUUUAUAUGAAUAGGAAAUUUUAUAUUAGUUAUAAAAUACACAUAAAUUGAUUUUACAACUUAUUGUCAUUCUCAAAAUUUAUUUCAAUUUUUAUAAGAGCUAAAUUUUGUAUACUAAUAUCUUUGGUUUUAAUAAGAUCAAUUCUUGCAUACAUUGUUAAAUUUAGUAAUGAAUGCCUACUUAGUUGAUAAUGCUCUAAAAUUUAUUUUUUUUUAAUUUUCAAUAGUUCUUUAAAUCUUGCUUUAUUAUUAAAAACAAAAUGUAAAGACUGUUCUGAUAAUGGUUGUCUUGUAAUUUUCAGUUUUUAUAUGAUUAUUAAAAGGUAAUGCGUGCAUAAAUCAUUAUUAGUAUGAAAAUACUAAUAAUCUGAUUAAAAAAUCAUUCAGUCAAAUUGUAAAUGCAUAUAGUAUAUAUAUAAUGUGUGAAAAAAGUUCAAUUAUUAAAAAGUUACUUUAAUAUUGCCAAAAAGUAAUGUUAUGAUAAAAAAAUCCGUUUUGUUAGUUAGAAUCAUUCAAAUCAUCCACUAAAAACGUUCAUUAUUUACGAUUGUUAUCAAUUUCGUCAUAGUGGAACAGAGUUGAGUAGGUUUACUAAAUCUAUUUAUUAGUAGGCCUGAAUAAGGAAUAAUUUAUUAAUAUGCGCAGUUUCAAAAAGCUUGUUCAUGCAAUGUUUAAGUACAAUUCCCGAUAAAAUCAAUAAUAAAUAA